CUCGAGCAGCGCCGAGGGACGCGGGACCCGCGGCGCUCGCCCGAGCCGCCCCCCCGGAGGGGACUCGAGAGCCCGCCAGGCAGCGCCAUGCGGCCCCCCGCCCGCUCGCUGCUGCUGGCCCUCUGCAUCCGCCCGGCGCUGGCCGGCCCCGACGCCGCCGGGCGGGACGGCGUCGCGGCCGCCAGCGGGAGCCAGGUACAUACGAAGGAGAAUCGGUUGGACACGUUGAAGGGCGAGGUCCUAUCAGUCGUUGCUGAAAUCGACGGCUUGCGAAAGAGUUUCGAGCACAACAUGAGCAAGGAUUGAGGCCGUCGAGCAGCGCGUGCGGGAGUUUGCCCGGCGCGCCAGCGGCAGCAUCGACGAGCGCCGGGACGAGCUGGUGGUGCAGUUCGAGGGCAACGUCUCCGCCGUGGAGCAGGCGGCGGCCGCCGCCAGGAACGCCACGGAGGCGACCGACAUGGCGCUGUACAGGCGCGAGGUGGCCGCGGGGCUGUCCAACAUGCGCAGCCUGGACGAGGAGCUCAGGGCGGCCGAGAGCCGGCACGUGCGCACCGUGCGCCGGGGCGCCGACGGCCUGAGCGGCCUGGCGCGGCGCCAGGCCCGGCGCGUGGAGUCGCAGGGGGAGCGGCUCGCGCGCCUGGCGCGCCGCCGCCUGGACCGCCUGGACGACGAGGCGCGGCGCGAGCGCAGGGACCGACAGCGGCGAGGCAGACAAGCUGGACCUUCAAGCCGAGACGGCGAUGCGCGCGCUGUCGGAUGUUGCUGAGGAGGGGACGCGGCUGAAGAGGAACAGGCGGGAGCCCUGCCCGCCCUCCGCCUGCCCGGUCGGCCCCUAAGGUCUCCUCGCACCAGGAGACCCGGCACCGGGCGUUGGUUGCGAUGGCGACGGCCUUGCUCGUGGCCCCGGACCCCCCAGACGCCGCUGCUCCCGCGCCCGACUCCGCCCUGAGCGCCGGCGUCGGCGCCGCCGGAGCGCUGCUGGGCGCGCUGGCGCUGGCGCUGGCGCUGGGCGCGGCGCGGGGCCGCAGGGGGCCGCUGCAGGACGGGACACGCUGCUGGCCUGAGGCACCGCCGCGGCCAGCACGGCGCACACUCUCUUGAGAGCCGCUUCCGCGGAGCAGGCACGGGCCACCGCGCGCGGCUCCCGCACGCAGAGCGUGCGAUCGGCACGGCGCCUCUUUGAAGCCUCGCGGCGCCGGCUGAAAUAGCCGCGCCAGGGCACGCGCGUUCGGCGUGCACGCGACAGUGUCGGCAGUCCGCGCGCCGAACAAAAAGCAGCGGGCAGAUGGGGCACUCCUCUUCCUCCUUCGCUUCGCUCG